CUCACCGUCAAGGUGGCUUCCAUUCUACCAUCAGGAUUAAAGGAGCUCCCACUGCGGUUUCUCCCACCUUGGCGCUCAGGAGGUCGAUUCGUCGCGACACCCAACACAAUGGCAGAAAAUCGUGAACCAGAAGCUAACGCGGUCAUGAGCCGUGAUAUGGGCUCAACAAAUACUAUUGUCGUCGAUUCAGGCGACAAUGAAAAGACUCAUGAGUUCAAUGACCAGACAAAUUACGUGCCAAAGCGAGCCAUCAUCACAAUAUUUCUCGCAUGUGCCAGUGUGGACCUGUUGGCUUUGAUGGACCAGACUAUGUUGGCAACGAGUUUAUACAUCAUUGGAAAUGCUUUGGGGUCAACAGCCCAGGUCUCGUGGAUAGCAAGCGGAUAUUUCAUAACUUCAACAGUCGGGCAGCUCAUGUAUGGACGAUUAUCAGACAUCUGGUCUCGCAAGAUCAUCCUCCUACUAGGCCUUGCUAUAUUCUUUGUCGGAUCACUUGCCUCGUCCUUGGCACAAUCUGUCUUACAACUCACCAUCUUCCGAGCUUUUACAGGUAUUGGAGGUGGUGGACUAAUGACUGUUGCGCAGCUUAUCGUGAGCGAUGUUGUCCCUCUGCGAGAGAGAGGCAAGUACCAAGGAAUACUGGGCGCUGUUGUUGCUCUCGCAAAUGGUAUCGGACCUGUCAUCGGAGGUGCACUCUCGUCAAGUUCUGCAGACUCAUGGCGAUGGAUCUUUAGAAUGCAACUGCCACUGACUCUUUUGACAACGCUCUGUGUACUCUUCUUCAUGCCAUUGAAGAAAGUCGAAGGAGAUUGGAAACUAAAGCUCAAAGCCGUGGACUUUCUGGGCAUACUUCUCGCCUUGGCUGGGAUGACUGUCGUUAUUCUGGGAUUAACAUGGGGAGGAAAAGAGUACUCUUGGAAUUCCGCUCAGGUUAUCGCAACACUAGUGGUGGGCACAGCAGUAUCCGUUGCUUUCAUGCUGUGGCAGUGGAAAGGUCCUCGAUAUCCAUUGAUACCAUUGCACAUCUUCAAGUCAAAAAUCGUCAACGGCGCAUGUUUAACAAUGGCUAUCAACGGCUGGAAUUUCGUUAUGCAAGUCUACUACAUCCCCUCAUUCUACCAACUCGUCUACGGCUACUCUGCCACCAAAUCCGGAGUAAUGCUUCUCCCCAUCACACUACUCCAAACAGCAAGUAGCACUUUCUCAGGGCUCAUCGUACACUGGAUCGGUCGGUACCGCGAGUGUAUCCUGUUUGGUUGGUUAUCCUGGGCCAUAGGUCUUGGUUUAAUGUCAACUCUUGAUGAGAACACGGGCGUUGGGAAACAAAUUGGUUAUUCGGUACUUAUUGGAGUGGGCGUCGGUAAUACACUGCAGCCUGCGCUCAUUGCUACGCAAGCCGGUGUCGAGAGGCGUGAUAUGGCUGUUGUCACCUCAUUCCGCAAUUUCGUAAGAAAUUUGGGGGCAACCUUGGGUCUUGCAGUUUGCGGGACAGUUUUGAACAACGUCUUAGCAGGCUCUCUAUCCUCCCUCAACCUAGAUAGACACGACUCAAAGACACUUCUCGGCAACCCUCAGACAUUUCUAGACACAGUCUCACCAAGCGAGGCCGAAAAGAUCCGCUCAGUUCUCAUCCCAGCAUACAGACAAGGAUUCCGCAUAAUAUUUCUUAUAGGCGCAGGUGUCGCAAGCCUUGCAUUCGUGCUAGCGUUCCUCCUAAUGCCACAGAUUGAUCUCACUCGACCGGACGACUCCCGGCUCAAGGAGGUAGGUCGUAAGGCUUAUGAGAAGAGAGGGAAAAGCGCGGUGUAGUGCUGGUGACGCCAGAAUUAGUUUUUUUUUCUCUUCUUCUAUUUUUUUGAGAGACUUGGUACACCUGAACUUUAUAGACAGGGGCAGGUCUUGGCUAUCAGCAAUAAUUCUGUAUUUCUUACGGUCGCUGUGACUAGACUGACGUUAUAUAACGGUCAACUGUGUGAUUCGCCCCUUGUGUUGGCCUGGUGGCGGGUUAUGGAGUUUGCCACUUCCUUGUAAGGCUGCAAGACCUUGUAAACC